AUGAAACGUGUGCAAUCACCCGGUCUGAGUGGCGGUGAUGAGCGACCGGCCAAAGUACAACAUCGAGGGAGUUCCCUUAGGAGGGCGCAAGAAGAACCGACCAAAACAAAACAAUUGCCCUUGUCAUUUCCUCCCAAUUCUGAUAGUCUGAACAUCGUCAAUUCGGGUUUGCGUUUCAUCCCGUAUCUGAGUGCAGAACGUUCUCUCAGAGUCUUUAACUGGAUACCGGCGCCAUCAGAGAACCGCAAGACUUAUCAUAUAAGCCAACUAGUAUCGAAAAUAUCGCCAUCGCUGUUGGUCUCAACCGAUUGUGGGCAGACUCUCUGGGCCCGGGACGCAACGUCAUCCGCAUACAAUGCUGUCAACUACGAUAGAAUUCUCGAGAGCAAAGGCUGCUUUAUGCGGCAAUCCUCCGCUGGUCCAAUCCCCUACGACAUUGCCCUCUGCGAGCGACUUUUUGAACGGAUCAAACCUUCCAAAGGCACAUUGUUCGACGAUAUGUACAGCCGAGACUUUGAUAGUGCAUUGCAAAAUCGAUCGAAAGCGCAUCAUCUACAACCCCUCUUAAUACCAUCCGCCGAGAAUCAAUUUAUCCGGGGGGAAACAAGGCUGAAGGAUGUGACUGGUGGAUAUAACGAUCCGUGGGUCAAGACAGACCCAAUAUAUGGCCCAAUACCGCAACCAAGCCACACACGAGGCUUGAAAGGCUCGGCCUUCUCAUGGCUCCAACUGCGGAAACUUGGAAUCAAAAUCAAGUCAAAUAAUAAGAAGUCGCUGUACACAGUGCGAGAGGAAAUGUACUUCCCGUACUUGACGGCAGAAAUCAAAUGCGAAAAGCAGGCUCUGGAGCUUGCUGAUCGGCAGAACAUGCACAGCAUGUGUAUUGCGCUCCGGGCUGUGGUGUCCCUGGCCAAAGAAGCCCGUAGCGUAGGGUUAUGCACUGUGCAUCAAAGGCUCCUUGGGUUCUCGAUAUCACACGACCAUGAGGGCUUUCGAAUCUACGGCUAUUAUCCCGAGAUUGAAGACGGCGAAGCGUCGUUUUUCCGCUGGCCUGUUGCACAACUCACCAUGCGGACAAAGGAGGACAGGUGGGCGUGUUAUCGUUUCGUAGUGAAUCUUGAUCGUGAAUUUCUACCUAUCCAUACCGACCGAUUGAAGUAUUUAUUAGCUAUGGUUUAUACGGAUAGCGACGAUAUUUCUGACUACCUCGAGGAAUCGGCCGAUCUCCGGUCUUAUGGCCGUAAAGUUGAUCUUUAUUGUUGA